UUCUAUACCACACAUAUACUACUCUUCCAGUAUCCAUACUAUAUAACAGUAUCACUACUAUAUAACCAGAGCACAUCCCUGCUAUCCUACAUGAUCCCCAACCACCAAUCAACUAACCAAGUACUCUCAAGCAACCAACCCAGAACAUUCACAACACAUCUAUCCACACACAAUGUCCACCUCAAAUACAAAUACAACGAUGAACUUCAUCUCCACCAACAAACUCACCAACACCCGCGUCCUCCUCAUCGGCGGCACCUCGGGCAUCGGCUUCGCCGUCGCCCGCGCCGCCCUCGAACACGGCGCCAGCAUCAUCCUAUCCAGCUCCAAGGCAGAAAAAGUCCAGUCGGCUAUAUCCCGUCUCCAACAACUCUACCCUGAUCCAUCCUUCACGUCCCGCAUCGCCGGCAAGGCAUACGAUCUCAGUGAUCAAGCUACCCUCGAGACAACCAUUGUCUCCUUACUCGACUACGCUACAUCGUCUUCCAUAUUUCCCACCAAAGGAAACAACGAGAAAGUAUUGCUAAACCACAUAAUCUACACCUCCGGCACGCGCCCCUCCCGCAUCCCCAUUUCCCCCACCACCACAACCCUAACCCCCCAACUCUACACGCAAAGCGAAACCCUCCGCGUCCUGGCACCUCUCAUGCUGGGCAAGUAUGCGAAGUCGUACAUGGUAGAUGCGCAUACCUCGUCAUUGACCUUCACCUCCGGGGUAUUAGCGUCCAAGCCUGUCCCGGGGACGACAUUGGGUGCGAUGGCGGGGAGUGCCCUGGGCGGGUUGGUGAGGGGGUUGGCGGUGGAGUUGGCGCCGAUAAGAGCGAAUGUGGUGGCGCCUGGGGCGGUAGAGACGGAGAUAUUUGAUGCGUUGGGGGUGGAGGAGAAGGAGGCGGUUAAGGAGAUGUUUAGAAGGGGGACGGUGUUGGGGAGGGUUGCGGACCCUGGGGAUGUCGCGGAGGCGUAUGUUUGGUGUAUGAAGGAUGGGUUUGUUACUGGGGAGUGGGUGGGGAGUGAUGGGGGGGCUUUGCUUAAGGGUUCGAUGUGA